AUGAGAUUCAUAGUGAUUGCAAUUCUUGUGAUGAUUGCAACAUCACAGGAAUUUGUAUAAUUUUAUUCUGCAUUUGAAAAUGCUGAUGUAAGUUAAUUGGAUGGAUGGACAAUACAAGGAUCAUUGUCAAAAUCAUAGGGUGAUAAUUUUUUUAGUUGUUCAUCUUCUGCAGUAUUUGGAGGACCUAAAGCAUUUGGUAAAGGAGCAAUAAUAACUAAAUAAUUUUAAUUGCCUCCUCAUUUUUAGAUAAAAAUAUCAGUUGAAGUGUGGAAGUAUAAUAAUUUAACAAUUCUAGAUUUGAUGCAUGGGAUACUUAGAGAUAAUUCUUUUAUUUAGAUAAUUACCUUUGGGAAACAAUGUGGACAGGAAGUGAUGGAACAAAGAGAUGUGCAACUCCUGCAGGUGGAAAUGUAAAUUCAUUCUAAGUUGAUUAAACAAUAACUCAUAAUCAUGCAGCAUUAUUUAUUGCAUUUACAUCUUCAGCUGAUAAAGUAGCGGAUAAAGUAUUAUAUUUUAAUAAUAAUUUAGAUGUCUUGGGGUAUAAGAAACUUAAAAUUAUUUUAUUUACCAUGUCCAACAGAAUGUGGUACAUGUCUUGGACCAGAUGCUAUAGUAUGUUAAAUGUGGGUUCCAGUCUCAUCAAGCUGGAUUAAGACUUUGGAUGCAGAUGGAUGGUAAGCAAAAGGAUCUUAAAAUACUAUUAAAACAAGUACUUGUGCGGGUAUUCCAAUUAUUGGUGGACCUGGUAAUUUUGGUAAUAAUGUAUCUAUUUAAAAAAUAUUUGAUAAACUUGUACCACAUUAUAGAAUGAAAGUUAUAGCAUAAUUUUGGAAGAUUGAUAAUUGGGAUAAUGAUAAUGCUGUUUUACUUAUUGAUAAUUAAGAAAAAUGGAAAUAAAAUGUAGCAUAAGUAGAAGAUAAAGAAUAUUUUAUUUGUGAUAAGAUUAGUCCAGGAGGUGUUGAUGGAACAGAAAAGGUUAUUAAUAUAAACUUUGAAACUCCUCAUAAUUAUGGUGCUGCACUUGUUAAAUGGACUGCAACUGUUAAAAAAUCAUCAAAAUAAGCAUCUUGGGGUAUUAGAUAAUUCCAACUUUAUGUUGCUUAAUGUGCAAGUAAUUGUGCAACAUGUACUGGUCCAAGUGUAGAAGAUUGUACAGCUUGUGUAUCACCUUAUGUAUUAUUGGAUCCAGAAGAUGGUAAUGGAUCAGGUUGUGUAUUAAAAGGAGAUUGGGUUGAAUUUACAUCAGAAUUUUAAGGUUCAAGUUGGACAGCUAAUGAAGAUUGGAAAGUAAGUGAUGGUAAAAAUGGACCAGAUUUUACAACAACAUGUGGUGAUUUUAAAUUCUUUGGUGGAUAUGAAAAAACAGGAAAAGAUGCAAAAAUUACUAGAAAAUUUAAUUUACCAGCUCAUAAAAGAAUUAGAAUAGCUUUUGAAGCUUGGAAAAUUGAUAAUUGGAAUGGAGAAGAUUAUGUUGUUAAAGUUGAUGGAUUAAAUGUAUGGUCAAGAACAUUUGGAUUUGGAGAUCCAGGUCUUGCUGAUAUUUGUGGUGGCGAUGGAUUUGAAAAUUAUGCUAUUGUUGAUUUUAUUAUUGGACAUGAAGCAUCUACAUUAGAAUUGGUUAUAUCAACUACUAUUGGAAAAGAUAAUAAUAAUGCUUCAUUUGCUCUUAAAGGAUUUAAACUUUAUUUUGAAAAACCAGAUGCUUGCGCUACACUCUAUACUGAAUGCAAUUUCACAGGUAAUAGUAUCAUAUUCUAUAAGUCAAUUAGGAAAAUCAUUUAAUAUGUGUGAAGAUUUGCCCAAUUUCUAAUUAGCCAAAUAUCCAAGCAAAAUUAAAUCUAUUCAAGUACCUGCUGGAGCCAAAGUUGUUCUUUUUGAUGAAAUGGAUUAUAAUGGUAUACAAUAUAUAUAUAUCCUUAGGAAAAACAAUUGAAUAUACUGAGAAUCAAAAAUGUAUACAAGAAUAUGAAUUCAAAUUCCUUUAGAAAAACUAAUAAAGCUAUGUCUUAACAGCAAACAAUUGAUGAGAUGAAACAAAAAUAUCAAAAUUGUAUUUCAUUAUUUGCCU